UUUGGUCUUUUGGGUGUAGUGCUUUGGCAUAGCUAACUUCAGCCCUAAUAAAAAUUUCUUUGAUUUGGGUUCUCUUUUGGAGGAAAGAAAAAACCUCCUCACCCUUCUAACUUCCUUUUCCCUUUUGAACCACACAAAAGCCCCUCGUACACUUUCACUCACUACUAUAAACAGAUACUGCAGUAGUUAAAAAGUUAUUGGAGUGAUCAAAUCAUGGCAUUAGAAGCUGUGAUUUACCCACAAGAGUACCCAUUUGGCUUUGGUUGCAAAGACUACUACUCUUUUAAUGGAGGUGGUUCUUGGGGCAGUGACUUCAGCUUACAAGACCAACAAGGCAUCAAUGAAAAUUGGGACUACUGCUCAUCAUUUCCUUCACUUUUGCAAAAUGUGAAAGAUUGGGAUCCUAACUCCUCACCUGAGGCUUGCACAGUUGAUCAAUCUUGCCCACCAGGACACCUCUCUGCCAUGGAAACACCACCGCCCCCGCCACCACCAGCAACAACGAAUCGCCGCAAACGGCAUCGCACCAAGAGCAGCAAGAACAAGGAGGAAAUUGAGAACCAGAGGAUGACGCACAUUGUUGUAGAGCGCAACAGGCGCAAACAAAUGAAUGAGUACCUUGCUGUCCUCAGAUCAUUGAUGCCACAAUCUUAUGCUCAAAGGGGUGACCAAGCAUCAAUUAUUGGGGGUGCCAUAAACUUUGUGAAGGAGCUAGAGCAGCUUUUGCAGUCGAUGGACAGCAACAAGAGGAGCAAGCAACAACCUUUGGCAGAGUUCUUCACUUUCCCACAAUUCUCAACUCGAGCAACACAGUGUAACCAAUCAGCUGGUCUCCAAGCGAACGAGUUGAAUACGACUCAGUUUAACAACAACCAGUGGGCAGCAGCAGCAGCAGACAUAGAAGUCACCAUGGUGGACAGCCAUGCCAACCUGAAGAUACUUUCCAAGAAAAGGCCUAGACAGCUGUUGAAGAUGGUGGCUGGGUUUCAAAGCCUUAGGCUCAGUGUUCUUCACCUUAAUGUCACCACAGCUGAUGAAAUGGUCCUCUACUCGGUUAGCGUUAAGAUUGAAGAAGGGUGCCUGCUCAAUACAGUGGAUGAAAUAGCAGCAGCUGUUAAUCAAUGCUGCAGCAUUAAUCAAGAAGUCGACUUUAAUUAGCUGAAAGUUUAAUCCUUUUGUUUGAGUGGAUUAAUUUUUCUUCCUUCUCUUUUGCAUUAUAUUGUAUGGUGUAUGUUUGCUUAUUGAGAAAAAAUUAAACUAA